AUGGGAAAGCCAAUCGUUCUCCAUCUUGGCGAUGACAUUCGCUGGGGCCAUGAGCUUUACAGCAAGUUCCAAGAGACAUUCGAUGUCCGUCGCUCAUAUAGCAUGUCACGACCAGAAUUCAUCCGCGCACUGAAGGAGCGCCAGUUCGGCGACUUCUUCGCGAUAUACCGGCCCUUCUGGAACACCGGUGGUGAAAUGGGAAACUGGGACGAAGAGCUGGCCUCACUGCUUCCCAGUUCCUGUAAGGUAUUUGCCAGUGCGGGCGCUGGUUUCGACUGGGUUGAUACUGCAGCUCUUGCAAAGCGCGGAGUUAUUUACUGUAAUGCUGCAGCAGCUUGUACGGAGUCUGUUGCUGAUGCGGCAAUUUGGUUAAUCAUCUCCACAUUCCGACUCUUUUCUUGGUCGCAUGUUGCUGCACGGGCUGUGGAUGCAGAUGCAUUCGUUGAUGCUAAUCGCAAUCUUGCUAUGGUCUCGCAUAACCCCAAUGGCCACACUUUGGGAAUAAUUGGCUUUGGACAGAUUGGACGACGCACAGCAGAGAAGGCGUACCUGGCGAUGAACAUGAAGAUCCAUUACCAUGACAUUGUACAGAUGCCUGCGCAGCUGGAGGCUGUGUCGAAAGCGACAUACCACAAGGAUAUGGAUAGUCUGCUUGCUGUUUCGGACUGUGUUAUGGUUGCCACUCCAUUCAGUGGCGAGACACUUCUCAAUGCCUCGCUAUUGGCCAAGAUGAAAACCGGCGCGCGUCUUAUCAACAUUGCGCGUGGAAAGUUGCUCGACGAAAGUGCUUUGGUGGAUGCGCUUAAGAGUGGGAAGCUUGCUGCUGCUGGUUUGGAUGUGCACUUUGAUGAACCGCGUGUUAGCCCGGAGCUUGCUAGUAUGAAGAAUGUGGAAAUGAUGGCUCACAAUGCUGGUGCAUCGGUCGACUCUCAUAUUGGAUUCGAGAGGUUGGGUAUGGAAAAUAUCUUCUCUUUCCACAAGACUGGAAAAGCUGUGACACCAGUGAACGCCCAGCUUGUCGCCAAAGCGACUGGAGCUAAGCUUUGA